UUAAACGGAAAGCACCCUCUAUGUUUUCGCGGGAAAUUGAGCGGUGUCGCGUCGUGUAUGUUAACCUCUACUGAGUACGUUUUGAGCGAUUUCUUCUUUGUACGAAGUGUGAGAUCGUCUAUUAACAAUGUCGAGUCCUAUGAGAGCACCGAGAACUCCCACACCACAGAAUGAAAAUCAACCGGUGGGUGGCACACCCAGGCCACAACCUCAAACUCCGACUUCCAACAGAACUCGCUCGAUUGCCGGGACUCCUUCCAGAAACUCUGUGUCUACCAGACAAAGCACACCUCAGAGACGAUCAGGUAACAACGCAGUGGAGACUCCAUUAAGAUGGGGCAAUCGUCGUACCCAGGAGACUAUUGCACCUUCAUCAGAGGGUCAUUCCUCUGUACCACUUUCUUCCCCAGGUGGGCUAGCACAGACCAGCCCUCUGGCUGCUGGUAUGAGUGAAAUAGAAUUAUCCUCUCCAUUAAAUUAUGGGACACCCAGCUCCUUAGCAUCAGUUCGUACUCCUAGAAGUGGUAUCAGGGGUACGCCUAUGAGGCAGAGACCAGAUAUUCAGUCUGACAAGCGUAUUCGACAAGUCAAUUUGGCUGAGACGAUACCAGAGGAACCUAAUGCUCCACGAACAUCAGAGAGCGAGAAUGGCCCACAGUUGGUAAUUUGGGGCACAAAUGUUGUAGUAGAUCAAUGUAAAGCACAAUUCAAGCGAUUCAUUCUACGGUUUAUCGACCCAGAGGCAGAAAACGACGAAUUGCCUGAGAACAUGAAUCUAACAGAUCCACUGUAUCUGCAAAAGCUGGAAGAGGUACAUUCAUUAGAGGAGCCCUAUCUGAACGUGAACUGCGCCCAUCUCGAAGCUUUCGAUAACGAACUCUACAUUCGACUGGUAUCCUAUCCGCAAGAGGUGAUACCAGCCUUCGACAUGACCGCGAACGAAAUGUUCUUCGAGAGAUAUCCCGCAGCGGUGCUGGAUCAUCAGAUUCAGGUGCGGCCGUUCAAUGUCACGAGAACGAAGAGUAUGCGUCUUCUGAAUCCGGAGGAUAUAGAUCAGUUGAUCACGAUCACGGGUAUGGUCAUUCGUACGUCGAACAUCAUGCCAGAGAUGCGGGAGGCGUUCUUCAAGUGCAUCGUUUGCUCCUUUACAACCACCGUGGAGAUCGAUAGGGGCCACAUCGCUGAGCCUACGGUGUGCACGCAUUGCAACAACAACUACUGCUUCAGCUUAAUACACAACCGCAGCCACUUCUCCGACAAGCAGAUGAUCAAGUUGCAGGAGUCGCCAGACGAUAUGCCGGCCGGUCAGACUCCUCACACGGUGGUGCUGUUUGCGCACAACAAUUUAGUCGACGCCGUGUCGCCUGGCGACAGAGUCUCCGUCACUGGUAUAUAUCGUGCCUUGCCGCUGCGUGUUAAUCCACGACAGACCAACGUACGAACUAUCUAUAGAACGCACGUGGAUGUUGUUCACUUCAGAAGACAGGAUUCGAAACGGCUAUACGAGCAGAGAGAAGGCAAGAAUCACGUGUUUCCACCAGAACGAGUGGAACUGUUGAAACUAUUGUCACAGAAGGAAGAUGUGUACGAACGCUUGGCGCGUCACAUCGCUCCUAGCAUCUACGAGAACGAGGAUGUAAAGAAGGGAAUACUGCUGCAAUUGUUUGGCGGAACGAAGAAAGAAACAAAGAACGAAGAACAGAGCAAAUCGAGUAAGAAGCACUUCCGGUCCGAAAUCAACAUAUUGCUGUGCGGAGAUCCAGGCACGAGCAAAUCACAACUGCUGCAAUUCGUAUUCAAUUUAGUGCCGCGGUCUCAAUACAGCAGCGGAAAAGGUUCCAGCGCCGUCGGUUUAACCGCUUUCGUAACAAAGGAUCCCGAAACACGUCAAUUGGUUUUACAAACUGGCGCCUUGGUGCUCGCCGAUAAUGGCAUUUGCUGCAUCGACGAGUUCGAUAAGAUGAACGACAGCACGCGCUCGGUGCUGCACGAAGUUAUGGAGCAACAGACGCUGAGUAUCGCGAAAGCGGGUAUCAUCUGUCAGUUGAACGCGAGAACGAGCAUCUUGGCAGCGGCUAAUCCCUGCGAGUCGCAAUGGAAUAAAAAUAAGACGGUGAUAGAAAAUGUUAUGUUACCGCACACGUUAAUGUCACGUUUCGACUUGAUUUUCCUCAUGCUGGACCCGCAGGACGAGGUAUUCGAUAGGAAACUCGCCAGACACUUGGUAUCGCUCUAUUAUAAAUCUGAUCUGGAAGAGGAAGACGACAUCGUAGACAUGAGCAUCCUACGCGAUUACAUAGUUUACGCCAAGGAACACGUACAUCCCGUUCUCAACGAAGAAUGUCAACAAAGAUUGGCCCAAGCCUAUGUAGAUAUGCGCAAAGUAGGAAGUGGUUAUGGUCAGAUCACGGCCUAUCCGAGGCAACUGGAGUCGCUGAUAAGACUCUCUGAGGCGCACGCAAAGAUGCGAUUUAGUAACGUAGUGGAAAUCGCGGACGUCGAAGAAGCUUGGAGAUUGCAUCGAGAGGCGUUAAAACAAUCCGCCAUUGACCCGUUGAGCGGCAAGAUUGACAUUAGCAUUCUGACGACCGGUAUGUCCUUAGCGGCGAGAAAACGCAGGCAGGGACUGGUCGAGGCGCUACAAAAACUCAUUAAGAGCAAGGAUAAAGCACCGACUUUAAAUUACCAGAAGAUCUUCACGGAAUUAAAGGAAUCGUCCAGUGUGUUGGUGACGCGUGAAAUGUUUGAAGAUGCUCUGAAAGAGUUACAGGAUAAUGGUGUUGUGAUCGUAACCGGCAAAAAUACUAUUCGUGUUUGUUAGAAUUAUCUAUAUCUGUUCGAAUCGUGCGCUUAAGCGCACUGUCGCUAAAAUUUUUAAUUUGUUUCGAAAUUUGUUAGUACAGAUCAUGUAUAUAAUGGUAAAACAGUUUUAGUAACUGACAAGUACUGAAAAAUUUGAUUUAUAUACACCAUAGAUGUUAUUUCGUUAUUCUUCAGUUUUCAAAAUACAAAUGUUGCGUUUAUAAUACAACAAAGUAUAAAGUACAUUUAAAAUUCGGAUAAUACGCACUUCUUUAUGUAUUAAAUAAUUUUAGCAUAUGACCUUUGAAUUAUUUUUUUAUAAUAUAAUAUUUUGUCAUAUAUAACAAAUCUGCUUUGUUCCAACUAUCGCAGAAUCUUUUGGUAUCGAAAUUGAGCAUUUGCUAGUGAAGCAAUCUCAGACUUAUCGAAAGAACAUAUUAAUUUGUAUUAUUUUUUAAAAUAAAUAAUUCUAUAUGUUUUUAUAUCCAA